CGCGCACAGCCCGCACAGCCCGCACAGCCCGUGGGGCCAGCGACCCCGCCGCCACCAUGACUUCCAGCAAGAUCGAGAUGCCCGGGGAGGUGAAGGCCGACCCCGCCGCCCUCAUGGCGUCCCUGCACCUCCUGCCGUCGCCCACGCCCAACCUCGAGAUCAAGUACACCAAGAUCUUCAUCAACAACGAGUGGCAGAACUCAGAGAGCGGGCGAGCCUUCCCUGUCUAUAACCCAGCCACGGGGGAGCAGGUGUGUGAAGUUCAAGAAGCAGACAAGGCAGACAUAGACAAAGCGGUGCAGGCGGCCCGCCUGGCCUUUGCUCUGGGCUCCGUGUGGAGGAGGACGGAUGCUUCCGAGAGAGGACGGCUGCUGGAGAAGCUCGCGGACCUGGUGGAACGGGACAGGGCAGUGCUUGCAACCAUGGAAUCCCUCAAUGGUGGCAAACCGUUCCUGCAAGCUUUUUAUGUGGAUUUGCAGGGGGUCAUCAAAACCCUUCGGUAUUAUGCAGGCUGGGCUGAUAAAAUUCACGGGAUGACCAUCCCUGUAGAUGGGGACUAUUUUACCUUUACAAGACAUGAACCCAUUGGAGUGUGCGGACAAAUCAUCCCGUGGAACUUCCCCCUGCUGAUGUUUGCCUGGAAAAUUGCUCCAGCUCUGUGCUGUGGCAACACAGUAGUUAUUAAACCAGCAGAGCAAACACCACUCAGCGCGCUAUACAUGGGAGCCCUCAUCAAGGAGGCUGGCUUUCCACCAGGAGUCAUCAAUAUUUUGCCAGGAUAUGGGCCAACGGCUGGGGCAGCAAUAGCUUCUCACAUUGGCAUAGACAAGAUUGCCUUCACAGGGUCUACCGAGGUUGGAAAGCUUAUCCAAGAAGCAGCUGGAAGAAGUAAUUUGAAGCGAGUAACUCUGGAACUUGGAGGGAAAAGUCCCAAUAUUAUUUUUGCAGAUGCUGAUUUGGACUAUGCCGUGGAGCAGGCUCACCAGGGCGUGUUCUUCAACCAAGGCCAGUGCUGCACGGCGGGCUCGCGCAUCUUCGUGGAGGAGUCCAUCUACGAGGAGUUCGUGAGGAGAAGCGUGGAGCGGGCCAAGAGGCGCAUAGUGGGGAGUCCCUUUGACCCCACCACUGAGCAGGGGCCUCAGAUUGAUAAGAAGCAGUACAACAAGAUCCUGGAACUCAUCCAGAGCGGCGUGGCAGAGGGCGCCAAGCUGGAGUGUGGCGGCAAAGGGCUGGGCCGGAAGGGGUUUUUCAUCGAGCCCACGGUGUUUUCCAAUGUCACUGACGACAUGCGGAUUGCCAAGGAGGAGAUCUUUGGCCCCGUUCAAGAAAUUCUGAGAUUUAAGACGAUGGAUGAAGUUAUCGAGAGAGCCAAUAACUCCGACUUCGGACUCGUAGCCGCUGUCUUCACCAAUGACAUCAACAAGGCCCUCACGGUGUCUUCUGCAAUGCAAGCUGGGACUGUUUGGAUCAAUUGUUACAAUGCCUUAAAUGCCCAGAGCCCCUUUGGGGGAUUCAAGAUGUCUGGAAAUGGGAGAGAAAUGGGAGAGUUCGGUUUGCGAGAGUACUCCGAAGUUAAGACUGUGACGGUAAAGAUCCCCCAGAAGAAUUCCUAAGAAGGCCAAGAAGGAAGGUGAAGGCCCGCCUGCACGACCCCCUCUGCUUUCCCUGUGGGGCCCAGCUCUCAGGAAUCCAAGUUGAUACUCGGUCCUUAUUUAAAGAUUUAAAUGAUAACAUACAGCCAGGCUGGUCACUGCGUCACUACAGCAGACUGGCUGGGUACAGUUUCUUGGCACUCUGUAAGGGAUCCCCUCAUGAUACCAAAUAGGGGAAGGUGGGGUGAAGGUCAGAGGGGUAACUGUUGGCACAUCGGGGUAUCUUUCUGAAGGGGGCUGAACGAGGGAGCCGUGUUACCUGAUGCCUUCCGUCCCAAAGAGCGCGCCCCUGAAGGAAGCGGCCUUUCCACGGCCCCGCCCUCCUGCCCAGGCCUCCUGCUCGCCCUCCCUCCUGCUCCUUGCGCU